GCCGCCGGUGCUUCGAGGAAGAACCCGCCCCCUUUACUUGAGCGACGCGUCACCGGUUGCCACGGAAACCACGUAGUUUCUUCUUCUUCUAGAGCUGGGCGCCCCAGUUGGGGUAAGAACCUAGCACUCAGCUUGUGUAUUAGUUCUUUGAAGCGCUCAGGACUUUGGAAAUUUCGAAUGGCCAAACUACUACAACCUCCUCCCAAGUUCCUGCCCUCAGAGUGGCUCAUUGCUAACAAGAACCAGUACCACAGGGCAGAGGCCCAAAGGUCUCGAUCAGAACGGCUAGUGGCAGAGAGCCAGAGGCUUGUGGAUGAAGUUGACAAGAGUACAAGGAGAUCCCAAAGUGAUGUGAACAAGAAACUUGAACAGAGACUUGAGGAAAUCAGGUUCUGGAAGAAAGAGUUGGAUGGCAAGCUUGAGCAACUUGUGCAUGAAAUUGAGGACCUGCUGUCCUAUAAGAUCCGCCUGGAAAAAGCCCUGGAGAGCUUUAAAGAACCCUUGCACAUCACUGAGAGGUGCCUGGAAUACAGGGAGAAGCGUGUGGGGAUCGAUCUGGUACACGAUGUGGUGGAGCAGGAGCUGCUGAAGGAGGCAGAGAUCAUUCGGGGCGUCAUGGCUCUGCUAACCCGGACACUGGAGGAAACGUUGGAGCAGAUCAGGCUGAACCGCUCGGCCAAGUACCAUUUGGAAAAGGAUUUGAAGGACAAGUUCGUGGCCCUGACCAUUGAUGACAUCUGCUUCUCGCUCAACAACAACUCACCAAACAUCAGAUAUUCUGAGAAUGUCAUGAGGAUUGAACCCAACUCCGUGAGUCUGGAAGACUGGCUGGACUUCUCCAACACCAAUGUGGAAAAGGCUGACAAGCAGCGCAACAACUCCCUCACCCUGAAGGCCCUAGUGGACCGAAUCCUAUCGCAGACAGCCAGUGACCUGCGAAAGCAGUGUGAUGUGGUGAACACGGCUUUUGAGAAUGGGCUCAAGGAGACCAAGGAUGCCAGGGACAAGCUGGCUGUUCAUCUGGCCAAGGUCAUGGAAGAGAUUGCUUCCCAGGAGAAAAAUAUUGCAGUUCUCGAAAAAGCCAUCCUUGACCAAGAAGCACCUGCCAAGGUGGCUCACACACGCCUGGGGACCAGGACUCAUCGGCCCAACGUGGAGCUGUGUCGUGACAUGGCUCAGUAUCGGCUCAUCAAGGAGGUUCGUGAGAUCAACCACAAUGUGGCAAGUGCUGCCCAGUGGCCACCAUUCAGAAAUCUUUGUCUAAGGAUAAAGAAGAAGGGGAAGAGUACAUAUCAAUCUGACUUCCUACCCAGCUUGCCCUGCAGGAGGAGAUCCAUGUAAAAGAGAAUACCAUCUAUAUCGACGAGGUGCUCUGUAUGCAGAUGCGCAUGUCCAUCCCGCCGCGCGAUGGGGAAGACCACAGCGUCUGGGCCGGGGGCCUCCGCCCCGAUGCUGUCUGCUGAGAGAGUGACCGGUCAGAUGUGCAUUAAACCACUUAAUAACCCUUAUUCACACUUUCAGUUUCUCACACCAGAGAAACUGU